GACAUUUCAAUACCGGUUCGCAGAAGCGCGCUACAAUUCUGUUUGGAAAUUGCGUUGCAUUCAAACAAUUUGUUGAUCGAUAACGAUGGAGCGGAAAAAAACGAGUGAUUUCCUGAAAUUUUGUGGAGACGACAUCACCAAACUGCACAAUGAAACGGAUCCAGGCAGAAGAGCGCAUUUAAUGCGACGCAUAAACAUGCAAAUGUAUGCGGAGGCUUGUAAACAUUUAUUCACACAGAAAUUAUGACGACUACACGACUUGCAAAAUACUAUCGGAUGAUUUGACUGAGUACGUGAAGGAAUCGGCUCCAGUUCAUGUGAAAAAAUGCGAGGAAAUGAUGAAAAAGUUGAAUAUACAAAUAGAACCCGGUUCAGUUCGGUCUUCACUAAACAUUCCCAAUCCAGAGGAGUUGUUGAAAUCAAAGAAAUGCGAAGGUGUCUGCAAAAAUGAUGUGCUGUUGGACGAUCUGGACAAGUUUUUCAAUUUGAUGAAGAAGCGGCCCACUUUGACUGUAAACAAACCACCGCCGAAGUUCAACAGUGGCGAACCAGUUAGAUCGGUAAAAAUGCAGGUCGAUGAAAGCGGUGAUUUGGUAUUCGAUAUGAAUUUCAAGCGGAAGAAAGCGUUAGAUCAAAAUACACCGAACAAUCAACAAUUCCAAGCGCCGAGUACAAGUGGCAAUCAAUGGUCCAGUCACAAUGUACGAGCUACGGAUUACCAAGCAUCAUCACUGCCGAAUUAUCAGCCCAACAAUUUCAAACCUGCUGAAACAGUCACUUCCAAUGCAUUCAAUCCAUAUGGUGGAGUGAAACGUCGAACGGAUGACACAGGAGGCAACAAUUUCUUCAAACGACCACCCAAUUUGCCAAACCGAGGACAAGAAAGAAAUGAACCGAACGCAUUUGCAGCGAGAAAUGAUUUUAUUACGGCAAACGAUGAGCUUAACAUUCAAUAUAAUAAAAAGUAUGGUGGUGGCAAUCAAAACGACAACAUGACGUACAACGUGAAUCCAAGUGGAGGCUUGAGACGUUCAUUGGGCGGCCGUCGAACGGUUACCAACAAAUUCGUUCCACCGUUUGCCAAUCAAGAUAAUUAUGUUGACCGUUCGGCGAGUUCGAAUGAAACCAACGAGAUUUCAGGGCUGGAUGGAAUCGAAGCAAGUCAUCCAAGCCUGAAAAAUGUCGAACCAAAAAUGAUUGAAGCGAUUAUGAACGAAAUUAUCGAUCAAGGUGAUAAAGUUGAAUGGCAUUGCAUUGCCGGACUCGAAUAUGCCAAAAAGAUGCUUCAAGAAGCCGUUGUGCUACCAAUUCUUCGACCGGAUAUUUUCACAGGCCUACGGCAGCCACCGCGUGGUGUAUUGCUUUUUGGUCCGCCUGGCACGGGAAAAACUAUGAUUGGUAAAUGCAUAGCGUCACAGUCAAAUUCAACAUUUUUCAGCAUCAGUGCAUCGAGUUUAACAUCGAAAUGGAUUGGAGAGGGAGAGAAAAUGGUACGUGCCUUGUUUGCAGUCGCGGCAGCAAAGCAACCAUCCGUUGUGUUCAUUGAUGAGGUUGAUUCACUACUGUGCCAACGCUCCGAGAGUGAACAUGAAAGUUCACGACGAAUGAAGACGGAAUUUCUGGUCCAAUUAGAUGGCGCAUCAACAAUGGAAAAGGAUCGAAUUUUGAUAGUUGGAGCAACAAAUCGGCCGCAAGAGUUGGACGAAGCAGCCCGACGUCGAUUUGUGAAGCGUCUCUACAUUCCGCUCCCCGAAUAUCCGGCCAGACGAGAAAUUUUGUACAGUUUACUCAGUUCAAUCAAUCACGUCAUAACUGAAUCACAGUUUGAUGAGAUUGCAACUCGAGCCGAUGGAUUCAGUGGUGCCGAUAUGAAAGUGUUAUGCCAAGAGGCAGUCAUGGGACCAAUUCGUUCAAUUUCAUUCACGGACAUGCAAAAUAUGUCAGCUGAUGGCGUUCGUCCGGUUACAUUUACCGAUUUUCUCGAUGCCCAAAAAUGUGUUCGAGCCAGUGUGUCACAAGAUGACAUACAGCAAUAUGUCGAUUGGACCAAUAAAUAUGGGUCUGGAAGUGGCCAAUAAAAGUAAUUUUAUUUACACCAUUUGUUACGAAGAUAAAUAUGUAAAAGUGCAGAGACAAAGGAUAUUGAAUAAAUGAUAAACCACAAAACACAAAA